AUGGCAACCCAGAAUAAGAACUCCAAUUCACCUGAGAAUAAUCCGUUUUAUCUUGACCCCAAUGAAAGCCCAGUUUUGGUUCCUAUAUCACCUCCAUUAAAUGGAAGGAAUUUUCAUACUUGGCUGAGAGAUAUGAAGGAUGCGCUACGUUCCGAAAACAAACUUGCUUUUGUUGAUGGAACUAUCACCGUGCCGGAACUCAAUGAUCCAUCCUAUGUAGCUUGGGAGAAAUGCAACACAAUGGUGGUGUCAUGGUUGCAACACUCCAUUUCUGAUACAAUCUUGCAAUCUGUCUUGAGGAUGGACAAAGCUGAAGAUAUCUUGAAAGACUUGCAAGAAAGGUUUUCCCAUUUCAGAAUUUUGGAUCUUCAUGAUGACACAUUGAAAGUGCAACAAGGUACGAAGGCAGUAGAAGAAUACUUCAAUGAAUUGAAGUCUUUGUGGGACGAAUUCGAUAGUUUACAACCAAUGCCCGAGUGUCAAUGCCAACCAGCAUGUUCCUGUGGAGGAGUACUUCUCAAUCAGAUCAAGAACAGGCAAGAAAGGGAUCGCGUUAUUAGAUUUUUAAAGGGUCUUAAUCAAGAACAAUUUUCUCAUGUAUGUUCUCAGGUGAUGAUGAUAGACCCUCUCCCGGGUAUUCACGAAGUCCUCUCUCUAGUAAGUGAGCAAGAAAGGUGCCUCAAUCAUGAUUAUGUCAACGUAAACCAGAAUGAGCCGCAAGCAUUCGAUCAACCUGAAUCUUCAAACAAACAAAAUGAUUCUUCAGGGAGAGGACCAAGUAAUUCCCUAGCAGAAGCUCGAGGGCGCAUAGAUUCCCUGAAAAGAAUGAUUGAUGAGGGUACACCAGGAAAUGAUCAAUAUAUAUUUAAUGAGACCAUUACUCAUGUAGUGGAACUUAUGAUGGAUCCUUCGGGAAAUUACCUUGUGCAAAAAUUACUGUGUAUCUGUAAUGAAGAACAGAGGACGCAGAUCAUACGUAAGAAGCUAAUUGAGACUCUCGAAACUGGGCAGCAAAUUUCAUUAGUUGUAUCUGCUCUUCGACUAGGACUCUUGGCUCUAAUCAAAGAUCUCAAUGGAAAUCAUGUGGUUCAGGAUUGUUUGAAGUACCUAAGAAAUGAAGAUAUCAAGUUUAUAUUUGCUGUUGCUACAACGGAUCGCGUUGAGAUUGCUACUGAUCAACACGGAUGUCGUGUUCUGCAAAGAUGCAUUCGCCAUUCGAGUGGGGAGCACAGAGAAAAACUGGUAGCCGAAAUAUGUGCUAAUGCAUAUCUGCUAGCUCAAAAACAAUUUGGAAAUUUUGUUGUUCAAUUUAUCUUGGACUUAAGGAUUGCAUCUGUCCCCGCAAUAAGUUGGCAAUUUGACGGUAAAUACGUGCACCUGUCAAUGCAGAAGUUCAGUAGCCAUGUGGUUCAAAAAUGUCUUGAAGUAUUCGAUGAUGAGAAUCGGUCAACAAUCAUUUAUGAACUGGUCUGUUCUGGCAGCUUUGAAAAGUUGCUUCGAGAUCCACAUGAAAAUUAUGUUGUUCAAUUAGCUCUUCGACAUUCUGAGGGCCCUAUGCAUGAUUACCUAGUUCAAGAAAUUCUGUACCGCAAAGGAAUAUUACGAAAUUGUCGGUUUUCCAGGAAUAUUUUGUCACGGCUACUUUAG